CCGAGAGUGAACAAUUCCGGCGAAGUCCAGAGCGACGGCCGAGAGUGGCUUUGGAAUGAUGUUUCUUGUCGUAUUAUAGACUAGAGUUUGAACGUAUAGAGAGCUAUCAACCAUCCAGGGCGUUUGCGGGAGGAAAAGACAAAAAAAAGAGCCACGUGUCAUUCAUACAGCGUGGUGCACGUGUCGGCGUCAGGCAUUUCGCAGUUGAUGUCGUGGUACCUCCUCUGCUCACAGGCAAUCCCUGGUAUGAUCCCUUAUCAAGCUUGAGAUCCAUCUGGAAGAUCCUUUAUCAGUUAGGGAUGCACCUGAAAGUUUUGAGCUGGUCUCGUUAGAUGCCGUGGCACAUCUCUCAUUGAUGGAACGUUGGAGGUAGUCCCUUUGAUUUCAUUGGAUUUGUUUUGGUGGUGCAGUAUUGACUAGUUUGUAUAAAAGAGCACGGUUCUGUUUUGUUCUGUUUUGUUUUGUUUUUUGUUUUGUUUUCCACUGGAAAAGCAGAGGUACGCCUAAGAGUGAAGGAGCAAACGGCAUGGAAAGCUGUAGAGAAGUAGGCUUGGAAUGUUUCGAGUCUUGUACUUUCACUUGAAGUAGGCUUGGAAUGCUUCGAGCUUGUACUUUCACUUGUUGUCCACUUGUGCACAACUGAAGUUCAGUUGUUGUGCACUUCUGCACAAUUGAAGUAUACAAAGAAUGAUUUUUUGAUUGAUAUAUAUAUAUAUAUAUCGUCAAAUAGAACUGCCCGGUAAACCGUAGGCAGAGAGGGAGAAGAGGACAACAAACGAGUAUAUAUAUAUCGGUUUUCGAUAAUUGGAGUGAUAAGCACCUCCAUCAAAAACUGUGGUAGUCCUUUGGGUCAGCGUAUGGUCAAAAAAAGUUAAGCCUGACUUGUGCUUCUCAUCAUUCUUGCAUGCCAGCCACCUUUGAGAAGAUUGCGGCGACAAGCAAAGCUUCUACAAUGUCUAUGAAAACAAAGCAGUGGCCAGGGAUGAAGAGUAAACAUGGUAAUUUGAUAGAAGUAGGCACCGACGAGGAGCUUGAGCACGUGCUAUCGACAGCUGGCAAGCGGCCAGUGGUUGUGAACUAUGGCGCGCCAUGGUGCCAGGCAUGUCAGGGCAUGCUUCCCGCCUUCUACAAGUGCAGCAAUGACUUCCCAGCACCAAUGUUUGUCAUUGUGGACGUUGACAAGUGUAGCAAGAAUUCAGAAAAUGUUCGAUACACACCGACCUUCCGCUUUUUCCGCGAAGGCCAAGCGGUGGAUGAGUUCCAUGGUGCUGGACCUCAGAGGUUACGGGAUCGAGUCUGGCUCCAGUCUUGAAAAAAUGAAGAAGGGCGAGGGGGAAUCGGCAUCUUUCGGCUCCACCCACCCGUACUUCUCUGCGCCUCUCUCCUCUCUCCUCUCUCCCCACUUAUCCUUUGUGCAUUUGUGCUUCAUUACCGUUUACGACAUUUAACAGAGGUUGUCCCCUCACAUCUCUCCCCAGCUCCGUUCGUUGAAUCACCCUUGCUCCCUGAGGUCGAGACUGUCGUCUCGCUUCUCCCUAUUGCUCUUUCCACUUUUAACGCCCAUGCUUCAGUGAUGCAUGUUAUCCGUAAAAGUCGUGAUAAAUAAGCUUCGAGGUACCCAACCUCUGAGGCCAUGAUGGGAAUGAAUCUGCUUUUGAGAG